AUGCCGGGCUUCACCUGCUGCGUGCCGGGCUGCUACAACAACUCGCACCGCGACAAGGCGCUGCACUUCUACACCUUCCCCAAGGACGAGGAGCUGCGGCGCCUCUGGCUGAAGAACGUGUCCCGGGCGGGCGUCAGCGGCUGCUUCAGCACCUUCCAGCCCACUACCGGCCACCGCGUCUGCAGCGAGCACUUCCAGGGCGGCCGCAAGUCCUACCUGGUGCGGGUGCCCACCAUCUUCCCCCUGCGCGGCGUCAACGAGCGCAAGGCGGCGCGGGCCGCCCGCCGCCCCCGCCCCGCCGCCGCCGCCGCCGCCGCCGCCGCUGCCGCCGCCGCCGCCGCCGCCGCCGCGCAGGGCCCCGGCCCCGCCGCCGAGGCCCCGGCAGGGGGCGCGGCCGAGGACGUGAAGCCCAUCGACCUGACGGUGCAGGUGGAGCUCGGGGCCGCGGCGGCAGCCGGCCCCGGCCCCGGGAGGCUGCCGGUGGCGGUAGGGGAGGAGGGUCCGCUGGAGGGCGGCCCCCCGGACCACUCGUACUCGCUGUCGUCGGGCACCACGUCGGAGGAGCUGCUGAGGAAGCUCAACGAGCAGCGCGACAUCAUCGCGCUGCUGGAGGUGAAGAUGAAGGAGAUGAAGGGCAGCAUCCGCCGCCUGCGCCUGGCCGAGGCCCAGCUCCGCGAGGAGAUCCGCGAGAAGGACCGGCUGCUCCACGCCGCCAGCGCCGGGGCCCGCAAGCGCCACGGGCUCUGAGGGCGGGGGGGCUCCCGGCCC